UUAUUUUUGGUCUCAGAUAUUGCUGCGAUCACCGACGACGCAGCAACACACUCGAAGGUAUAUUGUUGACGGGCAAUCUAUUAUCCACGACGACGUUAGUGCGGAUAUUGUUGCCUCGCAGAAAUAUUUGCACCAUCUACCGCUUGGCAAUUGUUAGGGAACGAAGAACACCUCUUGACAUUAUUGACAAGCACCCGGGACCCUAAGCAUGGAUAUGGACCCUGUCCCUUCAUCCUCGCCUGCGUUUGGUACACCCGCAUAUACUUUUCGAAAGAGCAGGUCCAAUCCAGUUCCUGCACGAACCUCGAUACUUCCCAUCUUACUUCCACCUUCCACUCUUCGUCCAGUAGCCUUCCGGACUUUUACGCGGAAGCACAACUUGACGAUCUCAUCGUCUGCUCUUCAAACCUUAGCGGGAUUUGUGGGAAGGAACUGUGGCUCAGGGUGGCGGGAAGAAGGCCUUGCUGAACGGGUACUGGAUGAAGUAGCCAAAAGCUGGAGGAAAGCCGGAGGUGGUGUGAUUGUCGACGAGGGCAAGGGGGCCUCGCUGAAGGACAUUUUGCAAGUCCUCGAGGGCAAUAUGAUUGGGGGAAAACUGAUCGGUGGGAAUAAACCGGCUAGUAAGGCUCCUUCAAGAAACAGAAGCCCAAACCUAGACAACAGGGGCCCGAUUUCGGAGACUGUCUCUGCAGCAAACGUACUUGACGGCAGCGAGUCUGGAGAGUCUGACUUGGCUCUACACCCACGGCAAUGGUUGAAGGUUAUUGAGGCCUUCGACAUUCCGCGUCUUACAUAUCACGGCGACAUGAAGUAUUUUGAAAUCGCUAAAUCCAAGCCCUCGCUAUUUCCGCCACCGUCCCAUAAAACUGCCUUAUUCAGGGACCGCUACAACAUUGUUCAUCAACGGUUGCUUCGAAACGAGUCUUUCCAAACAUCAUCAGGGCUAUCAACUCAGUCGUCAUCGCAGCCGACAUUGUCCAGCUGGUCUACCCAUCAAGGCUACAGACUGACACCGGUUGCAAAUUUGCUAGGAAGAACCGGGACUUCUCAUCUAAUUUUUGGUUUACUGUUGAUGUCGCCCACGGGGGAACUUUCGCUAAGCGAUCAAACAGGGAGCAUUGUUCUUGACCUGAGUCAUGCACGCAUUGUACCAGAAGACGGUUCUUGGCUUGUUCCCGGAAUGUUUGCUCUUGUGGAUGGGGUAUAUGAAGAAGAAGCCCAUGUUAAGGGAUCCUCACUUGGCGGUAACCCUGGUGUUGGGGGAGCCAUUGGAGGGAAAUUCUUAGGCAUUUCUAUCUGUGGGCCGCCAUGUGAGCGCCGUGACAUUACCCUGGGAACAAACAGUCGACAAAAUAGCAGCGAAAUCAGCUCAAGCGGAGGACUUGGCUGGGUUGACUUCCUAGGUGCCGGGAGUGAGCGGGCACAAGGCCCACGCAUGAGGCAAAUACAGGCUCAAUAUCUUCAGGAUGCUAAUUAUAAUACUGAGGAUGGUCGCCGACUUCGGAUGGCCAUCAUGAGUGAGGUCAACCUUGACAACAUGGGGACUUUAGAUGCAUUAAAAAGAGUCUUCAACCACUACAACGACUUGGACGUGGCCGACCUUCCUGUGGCAUUCGUUUUAAUUGGGAAUUUUGUGCAGAAAGCAACAAUCAACGGCAGUGGUUUAGCGGGCAGUAUCGAGUACAAAGAAUACUUUGAUGCAUUAUCCUUGACGCUUUCUGAAUUUCCCCUGCUGCUACAGCACUCGACUUUCGUUUUCGUUCCGGGUGACAAUGAUCCAUGGUCGUCAGCCUUCUCUUCUGGUGCUGCUUCCACAGUACCACGUCAUGCUGUCCCAGAACUGUUUACUACCAGAGUGAAACGUGCAUUUGCUACGGCUAACGCACAGGUGAAUCACUCGAAGACGGAUGAGCCGCCUGGCGAAGCAAUAUGGACUUCUAAUCCUGCGCGUUUGACCCUGUUUGGACCUCUUCAUGACAUAGCCAUAUUUCGAGAUGAUAUAUCGAGCAGGCUUCGACGCAGUGCGAUCAGGGUUGGGCCAGACGCUGACCUAGACGUGGCCGGCGCCAGUGGGAACAAUGGCUCCGAGGUUGAAUACCAGUCAGCUCCUCGAUUGCAGCAUACACCUCCUGAUACGAACGCGAUGACUUGUUCGACAUCAAUUGCUCGAAAGCUUGUGAAAACAGUCCUAGAUCAAGGAAAUUUAUCUCCUUUCCCACUUUCUCUGCGACCUGUCCUAUGGGAUUAUGCAUCUUCACUUCAGCUAUACCCACUGCCUACUGCACUCAUCUUGGCGGAUCCAGAGUCAACUCCGUUUUGUAUUACAUAUGAGGGCUGCCAUGUCAUGAACCCAGGGAGGUUUGUCCAGGAAAAGGGACUACCUUUUGUUCGAUGGAUAGAAUAUGAUGUCCUCACGAAUAAGGGACGGGUAAGAGAAGAACGAUACUAGCCAUAUCUACUCUUGAGUGAAUAUGACUUGACUGAAUUACAGACACGAACAUAACCGUUCUGUCCAAUAUAUUUCGAUAGUUAUGCUGUGACAACAUUGCAAGAUAGUGACCCAUCACUGACAGUAGCGAAACCAGAAAUUAUCGAGUAAGCUGGCUCAUCUCUGUGACUAGCAUACUAUA